CAUAAAAGUCGGUCGUGUUUUUCCGUUCUGAUGUUUACGUGUCUUCACGAAGAGUUUUAGCCUACUCAGGCUACUGAUAUAGUUUACAUACACACACAACGCAGGUCUAGCCCAUCAUAAGUAGAUUAUCUAUAUAUAACCAUCAUUCUCCAUGCAAGAGCCCUCAAACACAUACGAAUCGUGGCUGCUCAAGUCGUACAUCGACCAAAUGUCCGAUCAACAUUCAAGCCAGGCUCUUUCCUGGCGCAGACUUUAUUUGAGUCGUGCGAAGUUAAAAGCAUCAAGCAGGACAUCUGCUUUACUUUCCGGCUUUGCAAUGGUUGCGAUGGUGGAAGUUCAAAUUGAUCAACCCAAUCAGCAUAUUCCAGAUGCUCUUCUUGUCGUGUUUGGUGUCUGCACUACUUUAUUAGUCACAGUACAUCUUCUAGCGCUCAUGAUCAGCACGUGUAUAGUUCCAAAUAUAGAAGCAGUCAGCAACGUACAUAAUAUAACAGCCGUGAACGAAUCUCCGCACGAAAAGAUGAAAUGGUGCGUAGAAGUGGCUUGGAUUUGUUCAACAGGAAUUGGAAUCAUUUUGUUUCUCGCAGAAAUAGGAAUUUUGUGUUGGGUGAAAUUUUAUAGUAUCAGUCAAAAUACAGCCAUUGCGUCGACGUGUAUCGUCAUACCAGCCACCUUGUUAUUUAUCGCAUUUGCCUUGGUAUUUUAUAAAAGACUGGUCGCUCACAAAUACCAGCGACAUGAAGAAGGAUUAAAGGAGCUGGACAAUCUGGUGACGGAAUUAAAUGUAAAUAAUGACGGACAUAUCCGAACUGUUUAAAUUUUCAUCUGGAGACGUUUUAUCACUCUAUUAUAAAUAGGUGAUUUUUGUUAUUGUAUGAUUCUUCAACUUCAACGACUGUUUUUUUGGUUAAAACUAUUUGAUGUUGUAUUUUAACUUCAACUUUGUUAUAGUCUUCAAUCAUUUUUUGAAGAAUUGUGAAUUCAUUUUGUAAACAACAGGGGUUGGGUGGCCGAAUG